UGUGUUGUGGUGUGUGUGAGACAGAGGAGAAGGGAUGAGGUUAGGCAUGGCCUGUGCUUUUAGCUGAAACUCAAUCCAACGGAGGCCUAACUCUGGAGUCAUUAGCUUUUUGUGGAAUAUAGUAUAUGUACUCUCCUAACCAUGUAAGGAUAUCCAGUGCCGGACUUGUAAUUUGGGCUGGAACAGUAUAUUCUGUAAGGUUGACCUGAUGGAGGCGCUCCUGUCCUUCCUGUUCUCUCCUCUGUCCACUUCUGCUCUGGUGUGUGUGUUCGCUGCCUUUGGGGCCGCGCUGGUCUACCUCAGCUCCAGGCCCAAACCCAUCCAGCCCCCUGUAGACCUCGAUCACCAGUCCACCGGCAUCAAGGAUGGAGCCAGGCGGAGCACGCUGAUGAAGGAUGACCCUCUCGUCACCCAUCACUAUGAUGACAGCCGAACACUCUACGAGGUCUUCCAGAAAGGCAAAGAGGUGUCAGGUAAUGGGCCCUGCCUGGGCUAUAGGACACAAGGGAAGCCCUACCAGUGGAUCAAAUACAAACAGGUGUCGGACCGUGCGGAACACCUAGGUUCUGGUCUGCUGCACCGCGGCCUGAAGCCCCAACCCGAUCAGUUCAUCGGCAUCUUCGCCCAGAACCGGCCUGAGUGGAUCAUCUCAGAGCAGGCCUGCUACACCUACUCAAUGGUAGCUGUACCCCUCUACGACACACUGGGUCCAGAGGCACUGGUUUACAUCAUUAACAGAGCGGACAUCUCUGUGGUGGUGUGCGAUAAGCCUGUGAAGGCUGAGACGCUGCUGGAUAACUGUGAGAAGAAUCUGACCCCUGUGCUGAAGCUCAUCGUGCUCAUGGAUCCCUUUGACGCCUCCCUGGUGGAGCGGGGGAAGCAGUGCGAAGUGGACGUGAUGUCCCUGGCAGACAUGGAGACACUGGGGAAAGACAACCUGCAGAAGCCAGUGCCACCUAAACCUACUGACCUCAGCAUUGUGUGUUUCACCAGUGGUACUACAGGUGAUCCAAAGGGAGCCAUGUUGACCCAUGAGAAUGUGGUGUCAGAUGCUGCGGCUGUUAUCAAAAUACUGGAGCCGGUCUACCCUCCCAGUCCUGAGGAUGUGACCAUCUCCUUCCUGCCCCUGGCCCAUAUGUUUGAGAGAGUCGUUCAGACGGUGGUGUACCAUGUCGGAGGGCGUGUGGGCUUCUUCCAAGGGGACAUCAGGCUGCUGCCAGACGACAUGAAGACUCUCAGGCCCACCAUCUUCCCUGUAGUGCCCAGACUACUCAACAGGGUCUACGACAAGGUCCAGAGUGGAGCGCAGACCCCGUUUAAAAAGUGGCUGCUGAACUUUGCGGUGGAGAGGAAGUUUGCAGAGGUGAAGCAGGGCAUCUUCCGCAACGACAGCAUCUGGGACAAGCUCAUCUUCCACAAAGUCCAGGAGUCAUUAGGAGGCCGUGUGAAGAUCAUGGUAACAGGAGCGGCCCCCAUCUCCCCCUCCGUGCUCACCUUCCUCAGAGCCUGCCUGGGCUGCCAGAUCUUUGAGGCCUAUGGCCAGACGGAGUGCACUGCAGGCUGCACCUUUGCUGUACCUGGAGACUGGACAUCAGGUCACGUGGGUGCUCCCAUUCCCUGUAACGUGGUGAAGCUGGUGGACGUGGAGGAGAUGAACUACUUUGCCUCCAACGGAGAGGGAGAGGUGUGUGUGAAGGGUAAGAAUGUUUUCGUGGGUUACCUGAAGGAUCCAGAGAGGACGGCCGAGGCCCUGGACGAAGACGGGUGGCUCCACACGGGAGACAUCGGAAAAUGGCUGCCGAGUGGUGCUUUGAAGAUCGUCGAUCGCAAGAAGAACAUCUUUAAGCUGGCGCAGGGCGAGUACAUCGCUCCAGAGAAGAUUGAGAACGUGUACAUCCGCAGCGCACCCGCCGCACAGGUGUUUGUACAUGGAGACAGCUUACAGUCGUGUCUUGUGGGCAUCAUAGUACCGGACCCGGAGGUGCUGCCCGGCUUUGCAGAGAAACUAGGGGCGAAGGGAUCACUGGAGGAGCUGUGCAAGAGUCAGGAGGUGAAAAAGGCCAUCCUGACAGAUCUCUUAAAACUGGGCCGAGAAGCAGGACUCAAGUCCUUCGAGCAGGUGAAGGACCUGUAUCUCCAUCCUGAGCAGUUCACCAUUGAGAACGGCCUGCUCACCCCCACCCUGAAGGCUAAGAGAGCCGACCUCGCCAAGUACUUCAAGCCCCAGAUAGACCAACUCUACGCCCAGCUGCAGUAGCCCCACCUAACCUUACCUCAACCUCCCUGACAUCCACCUCUUUUCAAUAAAAACACUUAAAUACAAACACAUCUCAAGUCUCUUCUUGUUCCUUAGUGUUCUACAAAUACCUACAACAGUGAGAGACCAACUCUGUGCUCAGCUGCACUAACCCCACCAACCCCA